AUGACUGUGAUCAUCGUGGUGAUGCUGGAGUCACCUGCUCAGAACAUACCAGACUACUGUGAUGCUGCUGUUACCACUAAUACACUAAUAUUAUAUAUACGCACACCAUUCAUCUGUAUACAUCUCUCUCUCUCUCUCUCUCUCUCUCUCUCUCUCUCUCUCUCUCUCUCUCUCUCUCUCUCAGACAGUGUGAGGUUGGUGAAUGGUGGAAGUCGCUGUGCUGGAAGAGUGGAGGUUCUUCAUGAUGGACAGUGGGGAACAGUGUGUGGUUCUGCCUGGGAUAUGAAAGAUGCUGCAGUGGUGUGUAGAGAGCUGCGCUGUGGGGAGGCUGUAGAGCUGCGGUAUUGGGCUGCGUUUGGACAAGGAUCAGGACCAAUCUGGAUAUAUGAUUUGUACUGCAGAGGAUCAGAGUUGACACUGAACAAUUGUAGCUCUCAAGGAGGACAUAUCUGUGAUCAUGUUAUUGAUGCUGGAGUCAUCUGCUCAGGUCAGAAUUUGAGACUCACUGCGGGUCCUCACCGGUGCUCUGGGAGAGUGGAGGUGAUUCUUGGAGGUUCCUGGUCCACAGUGUGUGAUGCUGACUUUGACCAGCAGGAUGCAGAGGUUGUGUGUCGAGAGCUGGGCUGUGGGAUUCCUGUGAAGGUGCUGGGAUCAGCUGCUUUUGGCCGAGGGGAGGGUCAGGUGUGGACAGAGGAGCUUCAGUGUAGAGGAAAUGAAUCUCAGAUUUACUUCUGUCCAACAUCAUCUCCACUCAAACACUCAAACUGCUCCCAUUACAGCGAUGUGGGAUUAAUAUGUUCUGGUGAACUCUCGGCUGUUUGUUCAGGUCACACAGGGGCGCGGCUGGUGAACGGACCGGACUCCUGUUCUGGUCGAGUGGAGCUCCAGUACCUCGGUGACUGGGGCACAGUUUGUGCUGUAGGCUGGGAUAUGAGAGCUGCAGAUGUUCUCUGUGCACAGCUGGAUUGUGGGAGUGCUGUGGCUGUGGUGGAGGUGGACUGGUUUGGGGAGGGGAGUGGCCACAUCUGGGCUGAUGUGUUUGAUUGUCAGGGGAAGGAGACACACCUAUCACAAUGUGGCAUCUCAUCAUGGAGUCGAGCUGCAUGCUCUCAUAAACACGAUGCUGGAGUCAUCUGUAAUGGAUCAUCCGUGGCGUUUCAUGAGGGGCGAGUGCGGUUGUCUGGAGGGAGCGAGUGUCAGGGGGAGGUGGAGAUUUAUUUCAGGCAGGACUGGAGGAGAGUUCUCCUGGACUCGUGGAGUCUGUCUGAGGCGUCUGUGCUCUGCAGACAGCUGGGCUGUGGCUCCGUGCUGAACUACCGCUCCUCUCCAUCCACCACUGAACACAAACACAUGUGUGUAACGGGUUUCAGCUGCUCUGGGAGUGAAGCUCAUCUGGGGAACUGCAGCAGUGCACAACCUGUCAACUGCAGCUCCGGGGAACAGCUGUACAUCACCUGCUCAGGUAUCUUUAACCCCGCCCUCAGCUCCAUCAGGCUGGUUGGUUCUGGGGGAGACUGUGCAGGAAGGCUGGAGGUUUUCCACAGCGGCUCGUGGGGGACAGUGUGUGAUGACUCGUGGGAUAUUGAGGAUGCGCAGGUGGUGUGCAGACAGCUGCAGUGUGGAGUGGCCCUCAGUACCCACAUACCAGCCUGGUUUGGUCCUGGAACUGGGUCCAUAUGGCUGAAUGAGGUGGAGUGUGAGGGGAACGAGACGUCCCUGUGGAACUGCAGAUUUCAGCUGUGUGAAGAGGGUGAAUGUGGACACCAGGAGGACGUAGGAGUCGUGUGCUCAGAGUUUAAAGAGAUCCGACUCACGGAGGACUGUGUGGGGAAUCUGGAAGUGUUCUACAAUGGAACCUGGGGUAAUGUGUGUCACAAUCAGAUGGACGAGGAGACAGUAAACAUGGUGUGUCGAGAGCUGAACUGUGGAAGACGUGGCAGUCUGUCAAACACUGAAGCACGAGUAAAAUCUGCUCCUAACUGGCUGGAUUAUCUGAAGUGUAGGAAACACGACUCUAAUCUGUGGCAGUGUCCAUCUUCACCCUGGGGACAGAACAGAUGUGAUAAUGGUGAUGAGGUGGCUCGUAUUACCUGCACAGAUGAUGGAAAGUCUCUACGUACACAAGAAAAGUGCUCUUCAUUUCCCUCUCAGAAACACUGCUCAAAGCACUGGUCUCUCAGGCUGAGUGGAGGAGAGGGAAGCUGCUCUGGGAGGUUGGAGGUGUAUCAUAACGCUACGUGGGGCUCCGUUUGUGAUGAUCAGUGGAACAUCAGGAACGCUCAGGUGGUGUGCAGACAGCUGGGCUGUGGGUCGGCGCUGAGUGCUGAUAGGAAUGUUAGUUCUGGUCCUGGUGAAGGGACUAUCUGGCUGAACAGAGUGAAGUGUCGAGGGGAUGAGAUUCACCUGUGGGACUGUCAUCAUUCCCUGAAGAAACACACUGACUGCUCUCCUGCUGGAGUCACCUGUGCAGGUCAGAGGCGUGUGCUAACUUUUCAGCUUCCUGUCUCCACUCAUUACACUUUUCUCCCAGUGUUAAGACCUGAUAACUUUUAUUUAUAA